AAAGUCAAGGCGCGUCUCAGAGUGUUACCCUAAGUGUAAAUUUUUACAAAUAAAAAAGCUCCCGCUCUCUCAUCUCAUCAUUUACACUCUCCCUUUCGCCGCGCGUCCCUCACUCCUCCACGUCUUGCGUUGUCAGCUGCGGCAAUGAUGAGAAACAAAAGCAACGCUCUGGUUAAAGGGAGUAUGAUCGGAUGACGUCAGACAGACGCAGCUGACACUGUUCGCCCAACCUCCGCUGGCCAGUGCUUCUCUCCCGCAAAUCCACUCGCCUUAAUACUAAUUCUCAUCAGAAGAGGAAAGGCAGCAACCGCUGCUUACAAAUCUACAGAGAAGGAACCAUGCGGAGCAAGGAAGGUAUCCCUUGCUCCAUGGUUACCGUGGGAUAAUACCUGGUUUUGUUUGUUUUUUAAUCAGAUUUUUUUUGGAUUACUCUUCAAAUGGACGAAUGUUGAUUCAUCUCAGAGGGACAAACGUGCGCUGCCGCUUUUCGCUGUCCUGAGCAGACGAGUCUCGUCCGCAUGCCCAGCCAGCGGACAUUACACCAAGUGUGACAUUCAACCGUCAAGCCAAAAUGAGGUGGGGGCGCGUUAAGAGAAGCGUGGUGGAUGCGCGAGAUUGACGGGCGUUGCAGAGUCGCUUUCUUUCUUUUUUGUAAUGCCAAGAAGCAUCAGAGCCAGCCGCCCACUUGUCAACUUGAAGAUUCCUAUCCGGGAGUCCGAAGACCUGCCACAUCUUAUGGGAGUCAAUAUCUUUGUCCGUUUUUCUGUAAAGUGGGGACAAGCGCACUGAUUAUCCGAAGGAUGCUGCUACAGUGGUAAAAAAAAAAAAAGAUACGCGCGCUGGUUGGAUUUAUUUCAUGUUUAAUCGCAUGUUGCAAAAAUACAUGACAAUGACAAACCUGCUGCUUUUACGACGCAUGAAAUAUCGAGCACAAUGAAAUAAUGUCCAAAUAACGUAGCUGUUUAUAUCUACUUUGUUCUUGAUAUGCAAACAUGUUUGCACUUUCGCCUCUUUCUUUUAAAAGCGUUUUGUACUGAAAGUAAAUCCUGAAUGUGUUUAUAUAUUAUACGCGCAAACCUUGGAUCAAAGUUGCUUUUAAAUCUGUGGAGGAAAAUAUUGUCUAUUAUAACAGAGUACACAAUCAGCACAUGGGCUUCGUAACAUUAAUAUCUGACAACUCCGCAUUGUAAUUGACAGUGAAGAAAUAUCUCUGUCUUUAUCAUGGAGGCUAAACGGUUUUUUGACGUUAUUUGUGUCGUUUGCCAGUUAAUUUCACGCAAUCGGUUUUUGAGAAUCCGUGCAAGUUUAUGACCCGCUAUUGCACUUUUGCUCAAUUCAGCUUGACACACCCCAAGGAUACAAGGCGUCGUUGGUACGGCAUGGCAAGACGAAACCUCUCCGCAAACUCCUAACACAUUUUGUGCACGUAUAAAACGGACAGCGUCAAGGACCAUUGAUAAACGAUGGAAUUGUCCGAAGUUCGAUGCUCGAGUGCAAGCGAGGAGCUCUACACCAUCAACAAGACCCCAACCAGCAACAGCAGCACGAGACCCAAAAGGCUGCUCUGGCAAAACGCCGUAAGACACAUAACCGAGCAGCGUUUCAUCCACGAGCAAAGCAGCGCGAAAACCAUCACUCCGGAGGAGUCCUAUGGCCAAAGCUUACGGAAACAUUCGGCUGGCAGGACUUCAGUGAGCGACAGGCACAACAACGGGGGGACCAAAGUUUUCCCCGAAAGGGCCAGUAGCGAUUUGGGAUUCCUCCAAAUCGACUGCGCCCCGAGCAAUUCCGACUUUUUCCUGAACUGGGGCUACACAUACAGGGGCGUCAUUUUUCCCACUUUAAGAAAUUCUUUUAAAUCGAGGGACCUCGAGCGUCUGUACCAGCGCUAUUUCUUGGGACAGAGGCGCAAAUCGGUGGUUGUAAUGAAUAUUUUGGACGUGGUGACGAAGCUCACCCUCUUGGUUCUCCACCUGACCUUAGCUUCAGCGCCGAUGGACCCUAUCAAAGGCAUGCUGUUGGGCUUCUUCACCGGCAUCGAGGUGGUGAUCUGUGCCUUAGUGGUAGUUAGGAAAGACACAACCUCUCACAGCUAUUUGCAAUACAGUGGCGUGGUGACCUGGGUGGCCAUGGCUACGCAGAUUUUGGCAGCUGGUCUGGGCUAUGGGCUUCUCGGAGAUGGGAUCGGAUACGUACUUUUCACCCUCUUUGCAACUUACAGUAUGCUUCCUUUGCCGCUUACGUGGGCUAUUCUGGCUGGAUUGGUCACGUCGGCUCUUCACAUUGUUGUUCAACUGGUGAUCCCCCAAAACGCACAAAUAUCUACGAACCAGCUGGUGGCCCAGGCCGUCCUCUUCAUGUGCAUGAACACGGCGGGCAUAUUCAUCAGCUACCUGUCGGACAGGGCUCAGCGCCAGGCCUUCCUGGAGACCAGGAGGUGCAUCGAAGCCAGGCUCCGGCUGGAGACGGAGAACCAGAGACAGGAAAGGCUGGUGCUGUCCGUUUUACCUCGGUUUGUGGUGCUGGAGAUGAUCAACGACAUGACAAAUGUGGAGGAUGAGCACCUUCAGCACCAGUUCCACAAGAUCUAUAUCCACCGCUACGAGAACGUCAGCAUUCUUUUUGCAGACGUGAAAGGUUUCACCAACCUCUCCACAACGUUGUCGGCCCAAGAACUUGUCAGAAUGUUGAAUGAGCUGUUUGCCCGGUUCGAUCGCCUUGCGCAUGAGCACCACUGUUUGAGGAUUAAGAUCCUGGGGGACUGCUACUACUGCGUGUCCGGGCUGCCCGAGCCCCGACAGGACCACGCCCACUGCUGUGUGGAGAUGGGUCUGAGCAUGAUCAAAACCAUCAGGUAUGUCAGGUCCCGCACGAAGCACGAUAUCGACAUGCGGAUCGGCAUCCACUCCGGCUCCGUCCUGUGUGGUGUUCUGGGCCUGCGCAAGUGGCAGUUCGACGUCUGGUCCUGGGACGUGGACAUCGCCAACAAGCUCGAGUCGGGCGGCAUCCCAGGGAGGAUCCACAUCUCCAAGGCGGCCCUGGACUGCCUGAACGGCGACUACGAGGUGGAGGAGGGCCACGGCAAGGAGCGCAACGACUUCCUGCGCCGGCACAACAUCGAGACGUACCUGAUCAAGCAGCCCGAGGAGAGCCUGCUCUCCCUGCCCGAGGACAUCAUGAAGGAGUCUGUCAGCUCGGCUGACCGCCGCAGCAGCAGUGCCACCUUCACAGAGGGCUCCUGGAGCCCCGAGCUGCCCUUCGACAACAUCGUGGGCAAGCAGAACACUCUGGCUGCCCUUACGAGAAAUUCAAUAAAUCUGCUUCCAAACCAUCUCGCUCAAGCUUUGCAUGUCCAGUCUGGCCCUGAGGAAAUUAACAAGCGAAUAGAGAGCGCCAUCGACUUACGGAGUGGCGAUAAAUUGAGAAGAGAGCAUAUCAAGCCUUUCUCACUGAUGUUUAAAGACUCCAGCCUGGAAGAAAAGUACUCCCAAAUGAGGGAUGAGGUCUUCAAGUCCAACUUGGUCUGUGCAUUCAUAGUUCUCAUAUUCAUCACGGCCAUCCAGAGCUUACUUCCCUCCUCAAGGAUGGUGACUAUGGUGAUCCAGUUCUCUAUCCUCAUCAUGCUGCACUCGGCCCUGGUGCUGAUCACCACCGCUGAAGACUACAAGUGUCUGCCUCUGGUUCUUCGCAAGGCCUGCUGCUGGAUCAACGAGACCUACGUGGCCAGGAAUGUCAUCAUCUUUGUCUCCAUCCUCAUCAACUUUCUCGCCGCCAUGAUCAACAUUCUGUGGUGUGAUUUCGACAAGUCUACAACCAUCAGGAACCAGACGUUCAACUCCUCUGCUUCAAUACCUGACAUAUGCUUCUAUCCUGAGUACUUCGUCUUCACGGGCGUGCUGGCCAUGGUGACCUGUGCUGUUUUCCUGCGCCUAAACUCAGUCCUGAAGCUGGCUAUCCUGCUCAUUAUGAUAGCCAUUUACUCCCUGCUCACUGAGGCUUUUUACACUUCACUGUUCGUGCGCUACGAUACCUUCCACCACAACGGAGACAAAAAUUUCCUGGGAAGCAAGGAGACUUCCCUGCUUUUGAUGGCAAUGUUUCUCCUGGCUGUGUUUUAUCAUGGACAGCAGCUGGAGUACACGGCGCGUCUGGACUUCCUGUGGCGCGUCCAGGCCAAGGAGGAGAUCAAUGAGAUGAAGGAGCUGAGGGAGCACAACGAGAACAUGCUGAGGAACAUCCUGCCCAGCCACGUGGCUCGCCACUUCCUGGAGAAAGAUCGCGACAACGAGGAACUGUAUUCACAGUCCUAUGACACAGUGGGUGUGAUGUUCGCCUCCAUCCCAGGAUUCGCAGACUUUUACUCCCAAACCGAGAUGAACAACCAGGGCGUCGAGUGCCUACGGCUUCUGAAUGAGAUCAUAGCUGACUUUGAUGAGUUGCUUGGUGAGGAUCGCUUUCAAGACAUUGAGAAGAUAAAAACUAUUGGCAGCACAUACAUGGCGGUUUCUGGGUUAUCACCUGAAAAACAGCAAUGUGAGGAUAAAUGGGGUCACCUAUGUGCACUUGCCGACUUUGCCAUUGCCCUGAACGAGAGCAUCCAGGAGAUCAAUAAGCAUUCCUUCAACAACUUCGAGCUGCGGAUUGGUAUUGCACACGGCUCGGUGGUCGCCGGGGUGAUCGGCGCCAAGAAACCGCAGUACGACAUCUGGGGCAAGACGGUGAACCUGGCAAGCCGGAUGGACAGCACCGGUGUCAGCGGCAAAAUCCAAGUGCCUGAGGAGACGUACCUCAUCCUGAAGGAGCGGGGCUUCGCCUUCGAGUACCGCGGCGAGAUCUACGUCAAGGGCAUCAGCGAGCAGGAGGGCAAGAUUCGCACCCACUUCCUGCUGGGCCGGGUGCAGCCCAACCCGCUCAUCCUGCAGCCGCGCAAGCUGACGGGCCAGUACUCGCUGGCCGCCGUGGUCCUGGGGCUGGUGCAGUCGCUCAACCGGCAGAAGCAGAAACAGAUCCUCAACGAGAACAACAACUCGGGGAUCAUGAAGGGACACUACAACCGCAGGACUCUGCUGGCGUCCGCCGGCGCCGAAGCCGCCGCCCACGCCCACGCCCACACCGAGGCCGCCGACAAGGCGGAGCUGGCAUAAGAGCGCUGCCGCCGAUCGCAUCGCUCCGGUUCUUUCCGUCCGCCCGCCCCCCCC